GAAGCCGCUUCCGGCUCCGUGGCGGGGAGGCUUUUCCUUGGCUUUCCUCCCGGCCGUGGUGAUCCCGCCCUAAGCGAGGCUUGUGGCCGUUGUCAUGGCAGCGCCACCAACUGCCGUCCCGUAUUGGUGUUGCCACGGGUAGUCCAUGGAGGCCGGGAUGGUCUGGAAGAAGCCUGGUUCCCUACCAGGCCUUCAGGAGGCUGCUUUGCCCGCGGCUCGGGAAGGACCCCGGUAACAUCGCCGCUGGAGAGGAUCCUUCCAGAAAUCUCAGGCGUGAAACUACCCUGGUGCAGGGGUGCUACCGCCCAAGAAGCAACAGCUUAAACAGUGUCUUGGGAGAACAGCUGAGGCAAAAAUGAGACCUCGGUCAGUGGCAACAAACUGGAAUGUGUUGGCAGAGAGGACCCAGCGUGUGGCUCCUGUCAGAGCUUGGGUAGAGAGUGCCCAAGAUGAUGAAGAGAGCCCAGUUUUUGCUCUAGCAGCUCAGAUUGAAGAAGAAUAUAAAGAACAGCAGAAAGAAAAAGAGAGGGUUCUGAAACGUUUUCAAGCAGAAGUGAAACACAGGGUGAACCAGCAUGUUAAGCUGAAAAGAAAACAGCAGUUGCAGACAUCCUAUGAAGCAGCACUAAAGGAAAGCUCCAUUGUGCUCAGAUUCUCAGAUUCUGCAUUGCAGUUGACCCCCAAGAAAAGCACAUGUUUAUACAGAUGCAACACAGAUUCUGCAAUCUGCAGUUCUGGCAGUAAGAUUAUAUCUGAGCAGAACCCUAAUUACCUGGUGGAUUGGGAAAGAAAAGAACAAGACUUAGAGCUCUCAGAGCAAGCCAAAACUGUAAGGAAAACAGUGCAACAGGUCCGUAAAAGGCUGGCUUCUCGGAAAGCUGUAUCAGAAGGAGAUGCUCUGCCAGGUGGUGUUUGGGUGAGCCGUCUAAGCAUACAAUCAGGCUCUUGCAAGACAUCUCCAGGAAAAGCACAAGAGGGCGACAGUGGGGAGUUUCCUCUUGUGGGAUACCAUGACCUUCCAACAGAAAUGCAAGAGCAGCAAGGAGGACCAGACUUGGAAGAUGCAGGGGAGUUUCAAACAGCUAACAGUGAGAUACUAAAAGGUAACUAUCCAGGGCCCUCUUCAGAAAUUAACCCUGAGACUCGAGCUGCUCACGAAUUCUGGCCUGGAACAGAAACAGAAGAAUCAAAAAAGCAGCGUCAAAGCCAAUACCUGAGAUACAGACGCCUCUUCAUGGACAUUGAAAGAGAACAAGUAAAAGAGCAACAACGGCAGAAGGAGUGGCAGAGGAAAAUGGACAAAAUUAAGAAAGAAAAGGAGCGUAGCCGCCAUGCAGAGGAACAGAGGAUACAGGAAAUGGCCUCUCGGGGAAAAGCUAAGCCUAAAGGGAAAGCUUGUGAAAAACUGGAACAACUUACACUGGAGGAUAUGCAACAGAAGGAGCUAGCAGAAAGACAACAAAAGAAAGAAAUAAUGGAAAGACGACAGAGAAAUAAAGAAUAUUCAAGAUAUGUGGAAGCAUUACGUGCCCAGAUGCGGGAGAAGAUCAAAAUGUACAGUAUCAGUUUGCCUCCGUUGUGCUUCUGUGGGUCAGAUUUCUGGGAUGCUCAUCCUGAUAAUUGUGCCAACAACUGCGUAUUCUAUAAAAACCACAAAGCAUAUGCUCAAGCCCUGCAAUCUGUCAUUUCGUCUUGCAACCUUCUUGACGGGGGUUCAAACUCAAGGCUUGCUGUCCACUCAUUUGCUACCGUACAUGCUCAUUCAAAGCAUUCCUGAAAGAAAGAGAACUUUGGAACAGAUGCUUCUUUUUCAGCUCCAGCUGUUCAGCCAAGGCCUUUGCAAGUAGACAGCACAAACACACAGGUUUGCAUAUCUAGCCUCAUCUGGAUUGUGCCCCAAGUCCUAUUAGAAAUAAAAGGGGGGAAUCCUCCCCUCAAACACUUUUCUUCCUUUUUCAUAUUAAUAAUCUAGGUUUUACUUCCUAUAAGAUACUAUGUUGAAAACCUCAGACUUUAUGUAAUGUGUGAAAAAGGGUUUUGAUUUUGAGCAUAGCCAGACCUGUGCACAUCAACAAAAUUUGGCUCAGCCAAAGUUGACUGAUGGCACUUGAGGUCUGAGGCUUUGCUUGUGAUGUCUUUGUGAGGAGUUACUAUAUCCAUUGCCUGCAGCAUUAAACAAGGUCCAUUCUUUGGAUGGGGAUUAUUCAAAAAAUCCCUGGGUCUGUCUGGGUCUCACAUGGAAGCCUUCCCUCCUCCUCCUCCUCCUC